GCAGCAGCCGUCCCCUGCCCUGCCCCGCCCUGCCCCGCCCCACCUAGCCACGACCCCGGACCGGCAAAGGAGCUGAGCCGACCAGCCCCUAACCGGACCCAGCCCCAGCUCCGGCUUCCUCUGUGAGGGAGGCCGCCCGCCCCUCACCCUCACCGUCUCCAACCCGUUCUCCUCCUCCGCCACCAUGAGGGAGAUCUGCCACCUGCAGGCCGGCCAAUGCGGCAACCAGAUCGGCGCCAAGUUCUGGGAAGUGAUUUCGGACGAGCACGGCAUCGACCCCACCGGCACGUACCACGGCGACUCCGACCUGCAGCUGGAGCGCAUCAACGUGUACUACAACGAGGCCACAGGCGGCAAGUACGUCCCCCGCGCCGUCAUGAUCGACCUGGAGCCCGGCACCAUGGACUCCAUCCGGUCGGGCCCCUUCGGCCAGAUCUUCCGGCCGGACAACUUCGUGUUCGGCCAGGGCGGUGCCGGCAACAACUGGGCCAAGGGCCACUACACCGAGGGCGCCGAGCUGGUGGACGCCGUCCUGGACGUGGUGCGGAAGGAGGCCGAGGGCUGCGACUGCCUGCAGGGCUUCCAGAUGACCCACUCCCUGGGCGGCGGCACCGGCUCCGGCAUGGGCACGCUCACCAUCUCCAAGAUCCGGGAGGAGUACCCGGACCGCAUCAUGAACACGCACUCCAUCGUCCCCUCGCCCAAGGUGUCCGACGUGGUGGUGGAGCCGUACAACUGCACGCUGUCGGUGCACCAGCUGGUGGAGAACACGGACGAGACGUACUGCAUCGACAACGAGGCGCUGUACGACAUCUGCUUCCGCACGCUCAAGCUGACCACGCCCACGUUCGGCGACCUGAACCACCUCGUGUCCGCCACCAUGUCGGGCGUCACCACCUGCCUGCGGUUCCCCGGCCAGCUCAACUCGGACCUGCGCAAGCUGGCCGUCAACAUGAUCCCCUUCCCCAGGUUGCACUUCUUCAUGCCCGGGUUCGCGCCCCUCACCUCGCGCGGCAGCCAGCAGUACCGCGCGCUCACCGUCCCUGAGCUCACGCAGCAGAUGUUCGACGCCAAGAACAUGAUGUGCGCCUGCGACCCGCGCCACGGAAGGUACCUGACGGUGGCGGCCAUCUUCCGAGGCCGCAUGUCCAUGAAGGAGGUCGACGAGCAGAUGCUCAACAUCCAGAACAAGAACAGCAGCUACUUCGUGGAGUGGAUCCCCAACAACCUGAAGACGGCCGUGUGCGACAUCCCGCCCAGGGGGCUCAAGAUGUCGUCCACGUUCGUCGGCAACACCACCGCCAUCCAGGAGCUGUUCAAACGGGUUUCCGAACAGUUCACCGCCAUGUUCAGGCGGAAGGCCUUCUUGCACUGGUACACGGGCGAGGGCAUGGACGAGAUGGAGUUCACCGAGGCCGAGUCCAACAUGAACGACCUCAUCUCCGAGUACCAGCAGUACCAGGACGCCACGGCGGAGGAGGAGGGCGAGUUCGAGGAGGAAGAGGAGGAGUAGCGGAGCAGACGGCACGGGGCUGAGGCUGGGGGACGCGGCGAGGGGCACUCGUCUAAUUUUUAUUUUAAUUUUUUUUUAAACUAUUGCAAGGUGGGGUGGAAUGAGGUUUUGGCUCGGGCAUCCCAGUUCUCUUCGACGCGGGCGGCUUUUUUUGACUGCCUUCUUGAUCACGCACAUCACCAGCAAGGAAUAUUAUCUAUCCCCGCGUCGAAGCAAAGCCAAAAAGUAAAAAAAAAAAAACUGAAAAACUUUAAAAAUAGGACUUGCGGGAUGCCCGUUUCGAGAAUGCGGUGCGUGGUGGCAGGAAAAGACUACAAUUCGGUUCGACAGGAGUCUCGCCUUGAUUCGUAACUGUUGGGAACACACUGUAUUGUACUCGUCCCGCGCGGACGGCGCGGCUGACGGCCCACGGGGGGCCGCGGAGGGGCCCCCCGACUAUGUACUCAUUGGGUAUCAAUAAAUUCGACUAUGCAACU